AUGGUCUCUACGCGACACCAUCCCCGCGAAUUUACUUCCCCUGAGGCCGGGAAAGAGCUGACCAAGUUACCUCCAACCAGCGCCAAUUCGCGAAAAUGGACACAUACGCCCACCGCGGCGCUGACAAUCUGGCUCAUCGUUUCAGUUCCCUUGGUCAUAUGGGACACAGGCUAUGUCUUGUUGCGACCGUAUAGCAUGCCCGGUGGAAGUCUGCACUCACCUAUCUGGACGCCGUACGCACUGUACGGAAAGGUCGACUAUAUUUACGGCUGGCCCGCCUUCAAUGCGCAUAAUGGGUUCACAGCUGCGCAGACUACCCUCAACAUCUUCGAGACUAUCGGUUAUAUCUACUACCUCUGGAUUGUUUAUCGCUAUGGAUCGACAGUUGGGAGAGGUGGAUCGCAGAAGAUCUCCAAAGGAUUCACCUGGUUGCUGAAGGGGGACAAGGUGGUGGCUGGGCGCAUUGGUGCGACCGCGCUUCUAGUCGCCUACACCGCGUCUGUCAUGACCCUGAGCAAGACUAUCCUUUACUGGCUCAACGAGAGCUUCUCCGGCUUCGAGAAUAUCGGUCACAACGAACCGCUCACUCUCUUCCUCUACUGGAUCCUCCCUAAUGGGAUGUGGCUCGUGUUUCCCAGCUACAAUAUCUAUAUUCUCGGGGGCGAGAUUUUGAACUCGCUUGAACUCGCAACACCGCGCCAGAAGGUCGGACGCCCAAAAUCCACGUAG